UGUUGAGGGCUUUUCGGGGUGUUCACCUCAAAAUGUUCCUGAAAACCUGCAAUCUUUUUUUCGUACACAUUAUUUGAUAGUUUAAUCAUCCACAGUCACAGGGUCACAACUUGUGUUGCUGUUACAGAAACUUACGCAACACAUUGAAAGAAAGAAAGAAAAUGGUUUCUGAAAACUCUAUUUCUUCUUCUAAACACUCUCCAGCUACUCCUAACUUCUCCAACUCAUUCACUACAAGGAUUUUUGCUGAUGUUGCUGGUGACAUUACGAUUGUUGUUGAUGGGGAAUCAUUUUUGCUGCACAAGUUUCCCCUGGUGACCCUAAGUGGGAAGAUCAGGAAGAUGGUUGCUGAAGCCAAAGGCUCCAAUCUUUCAAACUUGGAGCUACUCAACUUUCCAGGGGGAUACCCAACAUUUGAACUCGCCAUGAAGUUCUGUUACGGGAUGAAUUUCGAGAUCACAACAUUCAAUGUCGCGAGGCUACGUUGCGCGGCUGAGUACCUGGAAAUGACAGAAGAAUACCGGGAGCGAAACCUCGUCUCAAGAACAGAUACUUAUCUCAAUGAGAUUGUCUUUCAAAGUCUUCAGAAGUCAGUGGAAGUACUAUCCACCUGUGAGAUGCUACCUCCAAACAUGGUGGAGGAGAUUAGAAUAUCGAAAGGGUGUGUAGAAGCCAUUGCAAUGAAUGCAUGCAAGGAGCAACUAGCUUCUGGUUUAUCUAAAUUAGAUUGUGAUGGUGAAUCUAAAGAACUAAAGGAAGGUUGUGUUGCAUGGUGGGUUGAAGAUCUCUCAGUGUUGAGUAUUGAUUUCUUCCAGAGAGUUAUAAGUGCUAUGGGAAGAAUGGGAGUUGGAUCAGAUAACAUCAUUGCUUCAUUGAUUCAUUAUGCUGAAUCAUCACUUAAGGGUAUUGGGAAGAGUCAAUUUUGGAAUGCAUCAAGGACAAGUUCAAGUCCAACCAAUGGAGAAAAGGAUCAAAGGACAAUUGUGGAAACUCUUGUAAGUCUCAUACCAACAGACAAGAGCUCUUCCAUUCCAUUGACCUUCUUGUUUGGCAUGUUGAAGAUGGCUAUCAUGUUGGGUGCAACCAUUCCCUGUGGGCUUGAGCUUGAAAGGAGGAUAGCAUUAAGGUUAGAAAUGGUUUCACUUGAUGAUCUUCUUAUACCAUCUCUGCAGAGUGGGGAUUCUCUGUUUGAUGUUGAUACAGUUCACAGGGUGCUGGUGAAUUUCUUGCAGAGGAUUGACGAGGAAGAAAGUGAAGAUUAUGGAUAUGAAUCUGAUGAGGUUGUUUCUAAUUGCCAUGGUUCUCUUCUAAAAGUGGGGCAGCUUAUGGAUGCUUAUUUAACAGAAAUUGCUCCUGAUCCUUGCUUAAGUCUACUGAAAUUCAUUGCUUUGAUAGAGGCACUUCCUGAUUAUGCUCGUGUCAUUGAUGAUGGCCUUUAUAGAGCUGUCGACAUUUAUUUGAAGGCACAUACAAAAUUGACAGAACAAGAAUGCAAGAAGCUUUGCAAGUUUAUAGACUGCCAGAAGCUGUCUCAAGAAGCAUGCAAUCAUGCUGCCCAGAACGACAGGCUUCCAGUGCAGAUGGUGGUGCAAGUCCUGUAUGUUGAGCAGCUGCGUUUGAAGAAUGCACUGUCAGGGAGUUCAGGAGAUGGGCUGCAAUCACAGAGAAUAAGCAGCGGUGUUCCAAGCGCUGCCAUGUCUCCGAGGGAUAACUACGCUUCUCUGCGUCGGGAGAACCGAGAGCUGAAGCUAGAGAUUUCGAGAUUGAGGGUGAGGCUGAGCGAGUUGGAGAAGGAGCAGAUGUUCAUGAAACAAGGCAUGAUUAAUAAGGCGGGAAAUGGAAGAACAUUCUUAACCUCCAUUUCUAAGGGGAUAGGGAGAAUUGCCAUGUUUAGCAGUCAAGGUGGAGGUAAACGCCAGAAAUCAGUUAGGAAGUCUAGGGAGGGAAAAACUGGAAGAAGUAGGAGAUACUCUGUCUCAUAGAUAUUGUUCUUCUUCUUAGUUUAGCUUUUACAGCACCCUCCACUUAAACCUUUUCAGGUUAUAACAACUUGUAAAUGAAUUGGUAAAAAGUUUCCCUUAAUCUUUAGUCCUAGUCUCACGGUUGAACUUCAAUACUUCACUCUUCUUCUACCCCGUCAUAUCCAAUUUCGGUUGCCAAGCUAAGGUCUUAGACAUGGACACUACUGAUUGCAAGCCACUAACAGGAAGCUUCAUUAAACACCAUUUUUCAAUAUA